CUGCACAUGCACCCUGCACUUUACCGACACCCUUAGAGGUUAAUCGAUUUCCGGAUGUGUUGUGUGUGUGCUGUGUGGUCGAAAGUGCUGCAUGGGUCGUUUCAGAAUUCGUUAAAUUUGGAUUAAGUUCGUGUUCAAGAUGAAAACUGCAAAGAUGCAUCCGAUUAAACCCAAAGCAAACCUUCGUUGUAAGAAACAAGAUGCUAGUUGUGUUACGGUUGACCAAUUUUAUGUAAUGAUGAAAGAGGCUGAAGUCAAAGAAAAACAAUCUAAAAAGGAAAUAUUUGAGCUGAUUGGUGUAUUGGAUAAUAAACUAAUGAAUGUUGAUGCCAAAGUCAAUGAGGCUAAUAAGAGGAUUAACCACCUCAAAGUGAGCAGCAUUAAAAGAAUGGAUAUCCUGGAAGAAAAAGUCAAUGGGAUAGAUCGUAGAUGUUUAGAAAUACGAAACAGAAUAUUAGAAAAGCACGAUGGUUAUGCACGAGACAGGAAGUCGGAAAGUCGCAUAAACGAAUCAAAGAGUCAUAGUUCCCGACAUCGAGACAAGUCUUUCAAAGCUCAAGAGAGAGAAAGGGAGAGAGAAAAGCAGAGAGAAGAGCAGAGAGAAAAGCAGAGAGAAAAGGAAAGAUCAGAGCAGAGAGAAAAGGAAAGGGCAGAGCAGAGAGCAAAGGAAAGAGCAGACCAGAGACCAUGA